AUCCCAAAAUAUUUCAAAAUAACAAUGUCAACUAUAUUUACUCAUGAUGUUCCAUACAUAUCAUCGCUGCAGUGCCACAUGUGCAUAUACAACAGUUCGUGCGAGUUGAAAAGGAAACAACAGUUAUCAAUUGAUAAAGCUGAAAAGCAAACAAACGAACGACAACCUGAUAUAUCAAAUCCCAGUGUUCAAUGUAGAGGAUGUAAGCUGCAAUCUUACUGCAGUUUGAAGCAUUUGGAGGAAGAUCAUGGACAUCGCGACAUUUGCAAAGUGCUGAGUGACUUGCAAAUAUCACAAAAUAUUGAGCAUCCGCUACUCCUGAAUGGCGAAAUUACCUCUGGUCUGCAGCAUUCCAUUUCACAACUGAUGCUGACGGUGCGUGUGAAGCUGGGCCGACUCUUGACGACUCGGGAGCGUGAACUCAUUGGCAAUCCGGCCUUUUGUGCAGUGUGCUUUCGUCUUGAUAAGCUGACCGCCUGUUCCGGUUGUGCGGCUGUUGCGUACUGUUCACCGAAGCAUCGCUGCAUGGAUCGCAUCCAUCACACGCAGGAAGUGUGUCAGACGCUAGCGCGUUUCUAUUCACCAUUUAGGAUGCUGGAGAACAAAUUAGAAAUCAAACAUUUCAGACAACGCUGCGACCUGGAACGCACUGAUUUAGUCCAAGCGUUCAACCUUGCAACAGGAAUACAGGUGGACAGCAGUCCCUGGCAAUCCAUAGAGAACUACGAACGUUUUGCCGCGUGCUCAUCGUUCAGCGGCAUUGCCAGCAUUUGUCUGGCUCUGACUCAUAUCUCGUUUCUGGCAGCACCACAUGAAGUUGUCAGCGUUUAUGUUGUGGGUGCCAGUGAGAAGCAUCGACGCUACUUUCAGGAAAUGCAUCUUAUGUUCUUCUUCCUGCAAUACCAAUCUAUUUGCCAACUGGAUGUAUACUUCAUUGGACAUAAGCUGCAGCCCGACGCUCGCGAGGAAGUGUUGACGCUUGAGUUAGAGGGCUACAAACGAAAAGUUGUGAAGCGCACAUUUUCAACAACUUUUGAUCGCUUUGCCAAGACACGUAGGGUGGAUCCGGUGUUGAUCAUAAUUUACGAUCCGGAUUUCAUUGAUCUGGACAAUUUAACGGAUAGACUGGUGGAACGUAUAUUUCCACAAAAUGGUUACGACUGGCGCUCGUACCUUUUAGAAACACUGUACACCUACGGCGUACCGAUUUGUAUUACGUCGCCCACUAAAAUGCAAUCCCGGUCGAACAUUACGUGUGUUAAUUUGCUUGCCAAGACUUACGAAAUUGCCGUGAAAUGUGCCUACAAUUGCAGAGAGAAUCCAUAUAGAGAGAUAUUGCCAUAUCAUAAUCCAUGUCCAGAUGAUAAUGAAACAAUAAUCUAUGACAAUAACUAUUUAGAAGUCAUUUUUACAAGUAAAAUAUAAAAUAAUAUAAUAUAUGCUAAAAGUUUCAUUAAGCUUUGUUAACAAUGUCAACACUUGUAUUUGACGAAAUGUCUGUAUAUGUGUGUCAAAUCGAUCAUUUUUCAAAAGACUUUCAUAAUCUCGAGAAAAGCGCCAUUAAUCUUUUUAAAAUAUUCCACCCUCUCAUGAAGAGUAUAUAUGAUAUAAAUAUGAAAUUUUUCCACAAUAUAAACCACAAUAUGAAGAAUGUUUUUAAAAAAUAUAUUCUUUUUUUAUACUUUUGCCUAUAAUAAUAUAUAAUCUUUAAUUUACUAUUAGUUUUGACACCAUCAUUAAAAGAUUUAUAUUUUUAGUAUCACCCUUUAUGCAAAGAACACUGAUCCGACUUCUGUAUGUGUCCAUCACAAAAUAAUUUGAGUGACUGGAGCUCCAAUAUAAAAUGUAAUUUUUAGAAAAAUUUCGAUUAAUAUUAAGAUUUGUAAUGGAAUUUAUUGCAAAGAAUACUGUUUUCCAACUCAGGUAUGUGAUCAACUGUAAUAACAACUUGUAACAUGUAUGUAAAAAAAUCAUGAAAUAUUUAUCACAAUGAUUCUAUUAGCCUUUAAAUGGA